AUGGCUUCCAGUCAGCCGGAUCCCCUCUUCGACGGGGACAGCGACGCGGACAAGACAUCAGUCGCUUCUACGAUAUCUCUCACGUCGACUGUAGAAGAGAAUGAUCCUGAGAAGGAGUACCCUGUUGAAGCAAUCUUGGCCGAGAAAGACGAUGGCGAAGGCGAAGGCCUCCACUGCACAUGGGAGCCUGCGGCCAACUUUUCAGACAAGCUUGUUUUGAACGAUUGGAAGGACACCAAGAUGCAAAUCCUGAGAGGCCUAAAAGACAAGGAGGGCAGGAAGUAUAAGAAUUGGCAUGCCUAUAAUGUCAGCAACAUGAUAGCCUUUGAAGAUGCCUUUGCCAAGUGGCAAAAGGCGAAGAAAGAUCGUCACCGCAGGAGACGCGCGAAGCGCAUUAAACGUGGCCUGCCCGUCGAAACUGAGUCUGAUACCGAGCAAGAAGAGUCGGAAGCCGAAGACGAUGAGUCCGAUGCUCAGCCUGUCGUUGUACCGAAGCCCCAACCAGCAGCGAAAAGACGCGACUCCAAGCCUGCGACGAGCGUUCCCACGACGAGCGUUCCCCCGCCCAAGCCUGUCAGGAAAGGUCCUAUACCAUUCAUCCAGGAAAGUAGUGGUGAUGAUGACGACGGAAACCGAGGUGUGAGACGCCCGCGCCCUCGGAAGCCUCCAUCUCGCCCCUCUUCACCGGCUGACCUCACGGAUGACUCGCUAAUGGGCGAGCUAAAGAAGCAGAAGUCUAAAGAGGAGCCAACCCGGCAGACUCCAAAGAGAAAGUCCGCUGAUGCCAGUGGGCAUUCGUCAGCUUCCACUGACACCCGUCCUCCAAAGCAGAAGAGCUCUAAGCUGCCAUCACAGCGGGAGAGAACCCGUAAACCAUCGACUACGGGUAUUAGAGAGUCAUCUACCGAUAGCGACACUCCUCUCGUACCCAACCACGCAGGUAAAAAGACUCGAAAGACCGUUGUUGAUACCGUUGAUCAACCUAAGAAGAUGGCAACUCAGGUCAUCCGGCAGCUAUCAUCGUCUUCCAACGUCCCUCUCGCCGUUCCACCUGCUACAGACAAGCCGCGUGUGCCACCACCGCCACCUUCCACGGCUAGCGCUGGCACAAACUCCAAUACAAGGAAGAAGUCUCCCAUGGCUCCUCCUUCCAAAGAGUCGACGGCCUCUUCCUUGACCGCUGUCCGUCCUCCGCCAGGAAAAGCACCGGCUCCUGCUCAACCAAAGAAGGCUGUGGUAUCUAGUACUGCUAUAAAGCCGAUAAGCUCUUCUGCAGCCAGUGCCCGUACGCCUUCAGGAGGCGCACUGGCUUCUGCUCAAGCUGCUAAGUCUCCGGAAAACCCUCCAACAACAAUGGUAAAGAAAACCACCGGAGGUGGUAUCAAUAUGAACAUGUCUGCAAUACCCCCUCCAAAGAAAGAGCGCAAGCCUUCGACCCGCGAGUAUGUUAGUCUAAGCCAUCGCUAUAAUGCACAGAAGAAGGCAGCACAGGAAGGCAUUCCAGACCCUAAUGCCUUGGAAUUCAUCAACACUGGAUCGCGUACGGAGGCCAGCGGAACCUUAGGGGCGUCGUCCCGCAAGCUGUCCUCCACUGCUACUCCGAAUCUUUACUCUUUGCGCGGUGAUGAGAUUGCGGCCUUGAGCCGAGGGGAGCAAACUCGCCAAGAGGAGCCUACUCAGCACAUCCUUUCCGCGCGUGAAGAUGAAAAGUUUAAAGAGCAGGUCACCUGUUUUGACUGGAGAUGUGGACGCUGUGAUUUUGGCGAUAAAUGCCAGUUCCUUCACCGAGAUGUCGAAUUUACCUCAAACGACUAUUUUCGAAUUAAAAAGACUGGAAUCGGACGGACCUGCUGGUUCUGGUGGAACCAGGAAGGAGGCUGCAUGAACCCCCCGGAGGAAUGCCUCUUCGCUCACUGGAACACUGGAACAAUAGCAGGUAUAGGAAGUGCCGAAGCUCUCAUGAAUGUAGACAAAUUCGAUCUCCCCCCUAGGCGCAUUCUAAAAUCAGAGGUUGCUGCUAUCGUUAAUGGCCCGAGAACUUGUCGAUAUUGGGCUUCGGGGAUUUGCAAGUUUACGGUUGAUCACUUUCCGUUCAUGCACCGUCACAUUGAUUCAGGUCCCGCAGGACAUGCCUUUGAGCGUCGGAUCUCACUGUCUGGGGUUCCCCAGGAUGCUGCUGGUGUUCUAGUCAAAAAUACGACUAACCAACUUAGAUUCACUGAACCAAGUCCUGCAGAACAUAUGCAGCUUAGGGAGUCAUUGCCACGGGCCCCCAAAGAUGCUGUUGGCUCUGUCAAAGCCGCGACUAGUCGGGUCAGAUUCGAUGAGCCAGCACCUCCGCCAGCCAUGUCAGCGCCUCUCGGUGCACAUCAGCCACAAUUUUUGAAAGAUUUACCCAAUAUCAAGGUGCGAUUAGUGCUACCGACAUCAAAGGAUGGUGGCGUGAACGAAGUCGACGUCCGGUUCAUGGGACUAGAUGUCCCUACGCUCGAUGAACUCAGAGCCGCAUUGGGUGCUAACCCUCGUUUGACAAUCACACACAACUGUUCACCAGUUGACUGGGAAGCGUAUUGCCUCGAACCGGCGAUCCCCCCUCGCGUGACUGUCGGAGAUGUUAUGCCGUCUUCGGCGUCAGAUGACGCUCUGCUCAAAACAUACGCCCGCAGCUUGAAGCGUCAUGGUGAUCUUGCUGGGGUCAUCUCCAGCGAGAAGUACACAAUCAUAGUGUACCCAGCCGGUCAAGAGGUUUGGAAUUUUCUCAGCAAUUUCGGCUUUGCGGUGUCGCCGAACGCCUCAACCCGCAAGCUCAGGUUCAACAUUAGGUCAUCUAUGCCACGCUUUGGGGCCACUGUCCAAACCAAGGACAUAGCCAAGCCGACAGAUAUCCAGACAAAGCUUCAAUUGGGACUCAAACUCGAUCCUGACCUACUCUUCGGUUGGAUAGACACCAAGCUUGAGAAGAAUGUGUUCAUGUUCUUUACCGAAAAGAACCGGCAAGAAAUGGAACUUGUCACUAUGUGUCUCCAAGGAAUGGGUGCAAAGGUAUUCCAGGACGUUACGCCAGGUAGUUGGGAUUACUUCGACAAGAACACCAAGAGUGGGGUGAUCAUAUUUCACCCCGACGUCUAUGAAUACCGUGUUCUACCUCAGCUUCGACGUUUCCUUUUCAAACGUUACAACUUCUUCCAAAUCGGCAAAUCUAUACGCAAUACGGAGGAGUAUGAGCAGAAACGUCGUUGGGCCAUCCUCACGCCAAACGAUAUACCCCCGGGGCAGUUCGCCUGCAUCAAACUCUUUCCGCUUGGCUCCCUCAUGUUGAUAACUGACGACGUAUUCGCGCACCUACCGAAAGAAGCCUGGAACCUAGUGCAAGCUUUCAUGAAGCAUAGGCUAUUGAAGAACUUGCCGGAGGAAUUCCCGUUAAGCCACAAGCUGGUAGGACGCCCAGGCCUAAUCAACUGGUUACAAGACCUGGUUGAAAAGCACAAAGGGGAGGCCAAAGAAGUCCAUGAUGCACGCGUUCGCCUCUCCGAGGCCUUUCGGAACGAACUUGUCCCCGCACAGUACAUCGACCCGCUGUAUGGGGACCAAUACGUGCCAAAUAAAUGUGCACAAGUGAUCUCCUGGGCCCCUACGAAUUGGCCGGACUACCACACGCUCUGGGAGGAAAAUCCAGCAAAAGCAACUGAUGAACUUGUUGACUGGUUCGCGGACGAUAUCUGCACCUCGGAGGCGAGCCAUUACCGGCGCUUUAUCGUCUGUCACACGUUUAAGAUGAGCAAGUGGCUGGGUGAGUACGCACACCUCCUGGACGUUAAUAGUCCCGAUCAGUGCAUGAAGAGGUAUAUUAUGCCACAAGGCAAGGCGUAGGUGGCGGGGGGGG